AUGCAGGCUCUCAGCAAGGCUACUAAACUUGAAACAGACAUGCUUGGAUAUCGAGCAAGAAUGCAUACCCUAUUUAAGGAAUGUUGCUCAAACAUAGAUGUAUCUGAGCAGAGAGUAGCAGACCAACGCUAUGCUAUUGUAAAGAGAAGAUUGAUGUCUCAUGUAAUAGUUGAACGCAUUAGAUCCGAGAUUGAAGAGGAAUUAAGACCUAUAGAUGAAUCAGGAAGAAAAGAGAAAGCACAACAAUGCGAUAAUAAUAGACAACACAACAAUGAAGUAAUAUCUGAAGAAAUAUCCCCAGAAUUACAACCUGACCCAACACAAGAACAAGAAAACACCGUAAAUAUUCAAAUCGAAGACCCCAAAUACACCAAACUAAGAGAGCUUUUAGAAAAUAACCUUAAUAAAUACGGUAGAACUGAACCAACGCAAAGACCUAAAAUACCAAAUCACGGAUCGUCCAAUAAGUUGGCACAGGUGAACUUCUCAAAUGAAUACUUAUGGAGCAGAAAUUCGGCAGAUUUACCUUUACACGAAUUAAAGUUAAAGAAAAAGAAGAUGAAAGACGAAAAAAGAAAAAGAAAUAGAAGAAAAAGAAAAAUAAAAAAAGAAGAAGAAAAAUAA